CUUGGCCACCAUCAAAAAGCUAAAAAGUCAUCUCUCUCUCAUUUUCCGAUCAAUAUUGGAGCUUACGUACGUACCCAAAUCUACAACAUCAAUCAUUGUACCUUCUCUAAAGAGAGAACGAGAGAAUAAUCGUACGUGUUUCUUCAGCUUGAUAUCAAUUCCAAUUGUUGUAGGGCUUGGUCGAAUUUGAAUAGCAAAGAUGGAAUCAGAGGAUGAUAUGCACGACGCAGAAUCUUUCGAUGACGACUUCUAUAGCGGCGAGACAGCCGUGGAAUCUGAUGAUGCCAACGCCAUGGACUACGAGUUCAUGGACAAUGACUCCGAUGAUUCCGACGAUGUUCUGUCUCAUCGCUACCAGGAUGAGCCUGGUCUGUCCAGCAAUCUGAGUAAAGUAAAUAAGGGUCCCUCGGACGAGAAUGCCCAUUGUCCGGUAGAUAGGAUAGGACUACUAGCUGCUAGGAUAGGAGCUGUCAAUCGACAUAAACUCUUCCUAGUUCUCCCCCUAAGGUGA